AUGAAUAUAAAGUGUAGAAUAAAUAAUAAUUUUAAAAUUUGUAAUUAUAAAAAACAACCUGUUGUUAAACCGUACAAACCAACUAAAGAAGAUGAAUUGUUAGAACUUUUUAUUUUAGGACUAGCAGUUAUACAACAUCAAAAAAGUGAUAAUGCAUUUAACAGACUUAAAAAAAAGAUUCAAGACACAUAUGAACUCGAAGAAUUGAAAGAAAAUAGAAAUUUGGAUAAAGAGAUUCAAAGUUCUAAUCUUGAUGAAAAACAAAAAAAUGAAUUGCAAACAAUACGAAUCAAUCAGGAAAGAAUGAUCUUAAGAUACAAUAAAAUCAAAGAAGGAAUUAAGGAAGAAACUGAAGUAGAUCAUAGUCAAAAUUUAAUACAAAAAUUAAAAGAUGAACUUCAAGAAUUAAAAAAAAAAAGAUUAGAAUUUUUAGAAAAUUACAUCAAAGAAUUUAAUAGAUUUUUACAAGAAAUUCAAAAUAAAAAAGAUUUAGGACAAUUAAAAGAUUUUUGGAUAAAAGAAAUUGAUAAAUCUAUCUUUACAGAAGAAGAUAAACAAAAACUUCAUGACCUUAGAGAAGAUCAUAUUAGAGAAUUGGAACAAUCUUAA